CUAAGGGUGGUCUCCCCACUGAUGAGUGGCCGAGUUUCCGUGGGACCUUGGAGAUACCCCCAGUCUACAGGACAGGAUGGUCCCGUCCAGGCUCACCGGGGCGCUGCUGGUGCUGGCCUUCACCAUGUCGGGGGCCGUGUGCAGGGAGGAGACUCCAGACCGGCCGUCCACAGCCCGCUGCAGCCUCUUCGGAGACAGCCUGAUCAACACUUUUGAUGGAGCCAUGUUCAGCUUCGCAGGGCGGUGCAGUUACCUCCUGGCCGGCGAUUGCCAGCAGCGCGCCUUCUCCAUCUUGGGGGACUUCGAAAAUGGCCGGCGAGUGGGUCUGUCUGUGUAUCUCGGGGAGUAUUUUGACCUUCAUUUGUUUGCCAAUGGAACCAUGAAGGAAGGAGAUCAAAAUGUCUCGGUGCCCUACGCCUCCCACGGGCUGUAUCUGGAAACGGAGGCGGGGUACUACAGGCUAUCCAGCGAGACCUACGGCUUCGUGGCCCGGGUGGACACGAGUGGCAAUUUCCAGGUGCAGUUUUCAGACCGACUCUUCAACAAGACGUGCGGGCUGUGCGGUGACUUCAACGUCUUCGCUGAAGACGACUUCAGGACCCAAGAGGGCAUCUUGACCUCUGACCCCUAUGACUUUGCCAACUCCUGGGCCCUGAGCAGCGAAGAGCAGCAGUGUCCACGCGCAUCUCCUCCCAGCAUGCUUUGCAACAGCUCUUCUGUGGAGAUGCCGCAGGCCCCGUGGGAGCAGUGCCGGCUGCUCACGAGCUCCUCGGCCUUCGCCCGCUGCCGCCCGUGGCUGGACCCCGAGCCCUUCCUGGCCCUGUGUGAACAGACGCUGUGCGCGUGCCGCGGGGGCCCGGCGUGCGCGUGCCCCGCCCUGCUGGAGUACGCCCGCGCCUGUGCCCACCAGGGCCUGGUGCUGGACGGCUGGACGGAGCUCAGCGUCUGCCACCCGGCGUGCCCCGCGGGCAUGGAGUACAAGGAGUGUGUGUCGCCGUGUGCCAGCACCUGCCACGGCCUGCCCGUGCGCGAGACGUGCCCCGAGACAUGCGUGGACGGCUGCAGCUGCCCAGAGGGGCAGCUCCUGGACGAAGGCCGCUGCGUGCAGCCUGCCCAGUGCUCCUGUGUGCAUGCCGGGAAGCGGUACCCACCGGGAUCCUCCGUCUCCCAGGACUGCAACACCUGCAUUUGCAGGAAAGGCGUGUGGAUUUGUAGCAAUGAAGAAUGCCCAGGAGAAUGUCUUGUCACAGGCCAGGGUCACUUCAAGAGCUUCGAUAACAGAUACUUCACCUUCAGUGGCAUCUGCCAGUAUCAGUUGGCCAAGGACUGCCUGGACCACUCUUUCUCCGUUGUCAUAGAGACCAUGCAGUGUGCGGACGAUGUGGACGCCGUGUGUACCCGCUCGGUCACUGUGCGGCUGCCUGCCCCCCACAACAGCCUCGUGACGCUGAAGCACGGGGGAGAGGUCACCGUGGAUAACCUAGACAUCCAGCUCCCCCUUCUGCAAGGGGACCUCAGAAUCCAGCACACCGUGAUGACCUCUGUGCGCCUCAGCUUUGGGGAGGAUAUGGAGCUGGACUGGGAUGGCUGGGGCAGGCUUCUGUUGAAGCUGUCCCCGGUUUACUGGGGGAGGACCUGCGGCUUGUGCGGGAACUACAACGGAAACCAGGGCGAUGAUUUCCUCACGCCCGCCGGCCUGGUGGAGCCCCUAGUGGCCGACUUCGGCAACUCCUGGAAGCUCCAGGCCGACUGCCAGGACCUGGAGAGUCAGGACAGACACCCCUGCAGCCUCAACCCGCGCCUGGCCAGGUUCGCGGAGGAGGCCUGCGGGGUCCUGAGGUCGUCCGUGUUCGAGGCCUGCCACCCCGCCAUCAGCCCCCGGCCCUAUGUGAGGAACUGCCAGUAUGACGUGUGCGCAUGCUCCGACGGCCAUGAGUGUCUGUGUGCCUCCGUGGCCAGCUACGCCCAGGCCUGCGCGCGCAGGGGAGUGGUCAUCCCCUGGCGCCAGCCCGGCUUCUGCGAGCUGCGCUGUCCCCCGGGCGAGCGCUACCUGCCGUGCGGGCCGCCCUGCAACCUGACCUGCGCGGCGGCGGCGGCGGCGGCGGCGGCGGGGCCCGAGGCCGAGGCCGAGGCCGACUGCGCGUGCGCCGAGGGCUGCUUCUGCGCGGCCGGGCUGCUGCGCGACCCCCAGGGCGCAUGCGUGCCGCGCGCGCGCUGCCCGUGCCGCCACCGCGGGGGCCUCGUGCCGCCCGGCGCCGUGCUGGCCGACGGCCGCGCCGCGUGCUACUGUGCCGAGGGCCGCAUGCACUGCACCGCCAGAGCCGGCCCUGGGGCCCUUGCGCUCAACACUGGCCUGGGCAAUGCCCUGUCCCACCGUGGCAAAAGGAGUCUCUCGUGCCGGCCCCCGAUGGUCAAGCUGGUGUGUCCUGCUGACAACCCACACGCCCAAGGAAUCGAGUGUGCCAAGACGUGCCAAAACUACGACCUGGAGUGCAUGAGCCCGGGCUGCGUGUCCGGCUGCCUCUGUCCCCCGGGCAUGGUCCGCCAUGACAAUCGGUGUGUGGCCCUGGAGAGGUGUCCCUGCUUCCACCAGGGCAGAGAGUACGCACCGGGGGAGACGGUAAAGAUGGACUGCAACACGUGCGUUUGUCGGGACCGGAAGUGGAACUGCACAGACCACGUGUGUGACGCCACGUGUUCCGUGCUGGGCAUGGCCCACUACAUCACCUUCGACGGGCUCAAGUAUCUGUUCCCUGGGGAGUGCCAGUACGUCCUGGUGCAGGACCAUUGCGAUGGGAGCCCAGGCACCUUCCGCGUGCUGGUGGGGAAUGAGGGGUGCGGUCCCCCCGCAGUGGCCUGCCAGAAGCGGGUGACCAUCCUGGCGGAAGGAGGCGAGGUGGAGCUGUUCGGCGGGGAGGUGAGCGUGAAGAGGCCCCUGGAGGAUGAGUCGCUCUUGGAGGUGGUGGAGUCCGGUCGCUACCUCAUUGUGCUCCUGGGCCGCACCCUGUCUGUGGUGUGGGACCGGCACCGGAGUCUCUCCGUGGUGCUCAAACAGACCUUCCAGGGGCGCGUGUGUGGUCUGUGCGGGAAUUUCGACGGGGUUCAGAACAACGACCUCACCAGCAGCAGCCUCCGGGUGGAGGAGGACCCCGUGGACUUCGGCAACUCCUGGAAAGUGAGCGCGCAGUGCGCCGACGCACGCAAGGCCCCCCUGGGCAUGGCCCCGGCGCUGUGCGGCGGUGACCUGGGCAGGCAGUCGGUGGCCGAUUCCUCCUGCAGGAUUCUCACCAGUGACCUCUUCCACGCCUGCAACCAGCUGGUGGACCCCGAGCCGUACCUGGACGUCUGCGUUUACGACACGUGCUCCUGCGAGUCGGUGGGGGACUGCGCCUGCUUCUGCGACACCAUCGCUGCCUACGCCCACGCCUGUGCCCAGCGGGGCCAGGUGGUGGCCUGGAGGACGCCCACACUGUGCUCUCAGAGCUGCGAAGACAGGAACGUUCGCGAGACCGGCUACGAGUGUGAGUGGCGGUACAACAGCUGCGCGCCCGCCUGCCCCGUCACCUGCCAGCACCCCGAGCCCCUGGCCUGCCCUGUGCAGUGUGUGGAGGGCUGCCAUGCACACUGCCCUCCAGGGAAGGUCCUGGAUGAGCUCCUGCAGACCUGCGUGGAGCCCCGCGACUGCCCGGUGUGCGAGGUGUCGGGCCGGCGUCUGGCGCCCGGGAGGAAGGUCACCUUGAACCCCGAGGACCCUGCACGCUGCCAGACCUGUCACUGUGAUGGUGCCAACCUCACUUGUGAGGCCUGUCCACACCCCAGAGGCCUGGCGGGAUCCCCCACGGAGGCCUCAGCCUCACCCCCGACCCCGGACGUGGAGGACACGCCAGAGCCCCCGCUGCACGACUUCUACUGCAGCAAGCUCCUGGACCUGGUGUUCCUGCUGGACGGCUCGUCCAAGCUGUCGGAGGCCGAGUUCGAGGAGCUCAAGGGCUUCGUGGUGAGCGUGAUGGAGCGGCUGCACAUCUCGCAGAAGCGGAUCCGCGUGGCCCUGGUGGAGUUCCACGACGGCUCGCACGCCUACCUUGAGCUUAGGGCCCGCCGGCGGCCGUCGGAGCUGCGGCGCGUGGCCAGCCACGUGAAGUACGUGGGCAGCCAGGUGGCGUCCACCAGCGAGGUGAUGAAGUACACGCUCUUCCAGAUCUUCGGGCAAAUCGAUCGGCCCGAGGCCUUGCGCGUCACGCUGCUCCUGACCGCCAGCCAGGAGCCGCCCCGCCUGGCCCGCAACCUGGUCCGCUACGUCCAGGGCCUGAAGAAGAAGAAGGUGGUGGUGAUCCCCGUGGGCAUCGGGCCCCAUGCCAACCUGCGCCAGAUCCGCCUCAUCGAGAAGCAGGCCCCCGAGAACAAGGCGUUUGUGCUCAGUGGGGUGGGCGAGCUGGCGCAGAGGAGAGACGACAUCAUCAGUUACAUCUGCGACUUGGCCCCUGAGCCCCUGCCCCCCGCCCAGCCUCCGCCCCAGGCCCAGAUCACCACGGCGAGCCCGGAGAUCUCGGGGAGCCCCUCCCCAGGAUCCCACAGGAAGCCUCUGGUCCUCGACGUGGUGUUUGUCUUGGAGGGCUCGGACAAAGUCGGCGAGGAGAACUUCCAGAAGAGCAAGGAGUUCGUGCAGGAGGUGGUGGGCAGCCUGGCCGUGGGCCCCGACGGCGUGCACGUGUCAGUGCUGCAGUAUUCGAACUCGGUGAUGGCUGAGUACUCCUUCAACCACACCCAGACCGCGGACGAGGUCCUGCACAGGCUGCGGGAGAUCCCGUACCGGGGCGGCAACCGCACCAACACCGGCCUGGCCCUCGAGUAUCUGGCCAACCGCAGCUUCUCCCCCGGCCACGGGGACCGCGAGCAGGCCCCGAACCUGGUCUACAUGGUCACGGGGAACCCUGCGUCCGACGAGAUCCGGCGGCUCCCUGGAGACAUCCAGGUGAUCCCCAUCGGCGUGGGCCCCCAUGCCGACGUGCACGAGCUGGAGAGGAUGGGCUACCCCAACGCCCCCAUCCUCAUCCAGGACUUCCAGAAACUUCCACGGGAAGCUCCUGACCUGGUGCUCCAGAGGCUGCAGCUCCCCACGCUGCCCCCUCCCCUGGACUGCAGCCGGCCUCGCGACGUGGUCCUGCUCCUGGACGCCUCCUCCCGCGUCCCGGCCGCGGCCUUCGAGGCGAUGAAGACCUUCGCCAAGGCCUUCAUUUCCAGGGCCGACCUCGGGCCCCAGCGCACGCACGUGGCCGUGCUGCAGUACGGAGCCGCCCCCACCAUCGACCUUCCUUGGGACGCGGCCCAGCAGAGCGCGCACCUGCUCGGCCUGGUGGACCUCAUGCAGCGCGAGGGAGGCCCCGCCCACAUGGGGGAAGCACUGGCCUUCGCAGUGCGGUACGUCACUUCUCAAGUCCACGGUGCCAGGCCUGAGGCCUUGAAGGUGGUGGUGAUCUUGGCCACAGACGUGUCCGUGGAUUCCGUGGAGGCUGCGGCCAGUGCUGCCCGUGCCAGCCGAGUGGCCGUGUUCCCCAUUGGAAUCGGGGAUCACUACGAUGCGGCCCAGCUGGGGAGUCUGGCAGGCCCCGCGGCCAGUGCCAACGUCCUGAGGCUCCGGCGAGUGGAAGACCUGCGGGACCUUGUCACCCUGGGCAGCUCCUUCCUCCGCCGACUCUGCGUGGGGUCGGUUGGAAUCUGCGUGGAUGAGGACGGCAACGAGAGGGGGCCUGGGGACGUGUGGACUCUCCCGGAUCGGUGCCACACGGUGACCUGCCAGCCCGACGGCCAGACCUUGCUGACUAGUCACCGGGUCAACUGUGACCGGGGCCCCCGGCCUUCGUGUCCCAACAGCCAGUCCCCGGUGCGGGUGGAGGAGACCUGUGGGUGUCGCUGGACCUGCCCCUGUGUGUGCACGGGCAGCGCCACCCGCCACCUCGUGACCUUCGACGGGCAGAACUUCCAGCUGACCGGCAGCUGCGCCUACGUGCUCUUCCAAAGCAAGGAGCAGGGCCUGGAGGUGAUCGCCCGCAACGGGGCCUGCGGCUCGGCGCCCAGGCAGAUGUGUGUGAAAUCCAUUGAGGUGAAACAUGGUGGCAUCUCGCUUGAGCUCCACGACGACAUGGAGGUGUCGGUGGAUGGGAGACUGGUUCCAGCCCCGUACGUGGGUGACCACGUGGAGGUCAGCAUCUACGGUGCCAUUAUGUACGAGGUCAGAUUCAACCAGCUGGGCCACAUCCUCACAUUCACCCCUCAGAAUAACGAGUUCCAGCUGCAGCUCAGCCCUAAGACCUUUGCUUCGAAGACGUACGGUCUCUGUGGGAUCUGUGAUGGGAACGCGGCCAAUGACUUCGUGCUGAAAGAUGGCACGGUCACCACAGACUGGAAGGGGCUGGUGGAGGAGUGGGCCGUGCAGCAGCCGGGGUACACCUGCCACCCCGUCCCCGAGGACGCGUGUCCCGUCUCGGACGACUCCCGCUGCCAGCGCCUUCUCUCGCCGCUGUUCGCCGAGUGCCACCAGGUCCUCGCCCCCGCCACGUUCCACGCCAUCUGCCAGCAGGACAGUUGCCACCAGGAGCGGGUGUGCGAGGUGAUCGCCUCCUACGCCCACCUCUGUCGCAGCCAUGGCGUCUGUGUCGACUGGAGGGCAGCCGACUUCUGUGCUAUGUCCUGUCCGCCAUCGAAGGUGUACAAGCACUGCGAACACAGCUGUCCCCGGCGCUGUGACGGUCACUCCUCCUCCUCCUGUGGCGACCAUCCUGCAGAAGGCUGCUUCUGUCCCCCGAACCAGGCCUUGCUGGGUGGCAGCUGCGUCCCCGAGGAGGCCUGCACGCAGUGUGUGGGGCAGGACGGAGCCCGCCACCAGUUCCUGGAGACCUGGGUCCCAGACCAUCAGCCCUGUCAGAUCUGCAUGUGUCUCAGUGGCCGGGAAAUCAACUGCACAUCCCGGCCUUGUCCCACGGCUAGAGCUCCCACGUGUGGUGCCUGCGAAGUGGCCCGCCUGCGCCACCACCCCAGCCAGUGCUGCCCGGAGUAUGAGUGUGUGUGUGACCUGGUGACCUGCGACGUGCCCCCCAUGCCUGCCUGUGAGGGGGGGCUCCAGCCGGUCCUGACCAACCCUGGGGAGUGCAGGCCCCGCUUCGCCUGUGCCUGCAAGAAGGAGGCCUGCCGGAGCCCCACACCCCCCGCCUGCCCGCCCCACCGCACCCCCGUGCUGCGGAGCACGCGGUGCUGCGACCAGUACGAGUGCGCCUGCAGCUGCGCCAACGCCACGGCCAGCUGCCCGCCCGGCUACCGCGCCUCCACCGCCACCGACGACUGCGGCUGCGCCAGCACCAGCUGCCUCCCCGCCAAGGUCUGUGUUCACCGAGGCACCACGUACCCCGUGGGCCAGGUCUGGGAGGAGGGCUGCACGCUGUGCACCUGCACGGAUGCAGAGGACGCGGUGACAGGCCUGCGCGCGGCCCAGUGCUCCCCGAAGCCCUGCGAGGACGAGGAUGGCUGCCGGCCCGGCCUCUCCUACGUCCUCCAUGAAGGCGAGUGCUGUGGGCGCUGCCUGCCGUCCGCCUGCGAGGUGAUGGACGGCUCCCUGCGGGGCGACGCGCAGUCUUCCUGGAAGAGCGUCGGUACUCGCUGGGCCGCCCAGGAGAACCCGUGCCUCAUCAACCAGUGUGUCCGCGUGAACGAGGAGGUCUUCGUGCAGCAGAGCAACGUGUCCUGUCCCCCGCUGGACGUCCCCACCUGCCCCACGGGCUUCCAGCUGAGCUGUGAGACCUCAGCCUGCUGCCCCAGCUGCCACUGUGAGCCCAUGGAGGCCUGCGUGCUCAACGGCACCAUCAUCGGGCCGGGGAAGAGCGUAAUGGUGGACGUGUGCACCACCUGCCAUUGCUCCACGCAGCUGGGGGCUGUCCGGGGCUUCAAGCUGGAGUGCAGGAAGACCACCUGUGAGGCCUGCCCCCCGGGUUACCUGGAGGAGAAGGGCCAGGGGGAGUGCUGUGGACGGUGUCGGCCCUCGGCCUGCACCAUCCGGCUGCGAGGAGGACAGGUCCUGGCGCUGAAGCGGGACGAGACGGUCCAGGACGGCUGCGAGAGCCACUUGUGCAGAGUCAGCGAGCGGGGGGAGUUCAUCUGGGAGAAGAGGGUCACCAGCUGCCCGCCCUUCGACGAGCACCGAUGCCUGGCAGAGGGCGGGAAGAUCAUGAAAAUCCCAGGGACCUGCUGUGACACUUGCGAGGAGGUGGACUGUCGGGACGUCACGGCCAGCGUGAAGUACAUCAAAGUGGGAGACUGCAAGUCUCAGGAUGAAGUGGACAUCCAUUACUGCCAGGGCCGCUGCUCCAGCAAGGCCGUGUACUCCAUCGACACGGAGGACGUGCAGGACCAGUGCUCCUGCUGCUCGCCGGCGCGCACCGAGCCCAUGCGGGUGGCCCUGCACUGCACCAACGGCUCGGUGGUGUUCCACGAGGUCCUCCACGCCUUGCAGUGCGGCUGCGCGCCCCGGGCCUGCAGCAGGCCGGGCACGGGAUCCAUAGGUGCGGAGCUGGUUGUCACUCUUCUGACUGGUGGCCUAACACUGUCCGGGGCCCGGGUGUCCCUGGCCACAGAGAAACUAGACGGAGAGCCGUCAGCCAUCCAUGGCCUGUGCCGGGGCCGCGCUCCGGACACCCCCAAGACGUCUCCUGGGGGUUGCGGUCGGGAGUACGAGCUCGUCAGCUCCUCCACGGGUCCGCCAGAUACGGACGAGUACGGCCGAACUCACCAGAUUCGCAAGCGCACAGUGAUCAAUAACUACCUGGAUGCCAGUGAUCCUGUGUCGUCCGAGGCCCGCCUGAGCCGCAUGCACUUCCACGACAACCAGAGGAAGGUGGACUACGUACUGGCCUACCACUACCGCAGGCGCGGGGCCCACGCGGGCCCCGGCUCACCCGGCCGCGCGCUGGCCGUCAUCUCCAACGGGGAGACGGGCAAGGAGCGCCAGGCCGGCGGCCCCGGGGGCGACAUCGAGUUGGGGCCCCUCGACGCCCUGGAGGAGGAGAGGAGGGAGCAGCGGGAGGAGUUUGAGCACAACCUGGUGGCGGCGGGACUGGAGCUGGAGAAGGACGUGGAGAGCCUGGGCUCCCGUUGUGGGGUUGUGCUGUUGGUGGCCAGCCCUGGCACCUGCCCAUCCCGGCAGUUCUGGGGCUGGAAUCGGGGCUCGCAGGUGGUGAUGGGCCGAUUGCUGCGUUUCCAGGCUGUGGUGUGUCUGGCUGUGGAGCCCUUCCAGGAUUGA